CGCCCUCCCCUCGCUGGCACCCAGCGGAGCCCGAUGCGGCUCGGGCCGGGCGAGCGGGCACCGGAGCGCCCAGCCCGGCCCGGCACAGGCGGGGGGGCCGCGGCAGAGCCCCCCUCCACUGCCCGAGCCCCCGGCACUCCCUGCCUGCCUCCAUCUGCCAGCAGCAGGGGGGACACCCCGUCUUUAACGCGGGGGAGGCGGGGACCCCCUCCUUGGAGCGCUCCUGGCGGGGUCCCCCCGCUGCCAGGCUGAGCCCCGGGGUGUCCCCCCAGCCCCCCCAAACUUUGCCUUCGCAUGCGGGGACCCCGCCGCCAAGCUGCUCCUGCCGCCGAUUAAUCGCAUCUGCCUGGGAUUAAUUAUUCACCCGGCUCUGGGUUGUGGUUUUUCUGUUACGUUCUUCUUGUUUUCUUGGUUUUUUUUAAUUUUUUUUUUUUUGCCUGUUUAUCUUUUUCCUCGGGGGGAGCGCGUUAAUUCCGCCUUUUUUUUUUGCUUCCCCCCCUCUCCAUUUUUUUUUUUCCGCUUUGGAAGAACAGCGCUUGGAAUUCUGAUUUUUCUUUUCGUGCAGCGGGGGGGGGGGGGGCUGGCGACCCGCACCCUGCAGCAUCAUCCUCCAUCCGCACAUCGGGGCUGCUUUUGCCUCCGGGAGGGGGUUCCACGUGCUCUGCCCCCCCCGCUCGCUGCUCCUGAGGAGGAAGAGGAGGAGGAGGAAGAGGAGGGGGACCCUCCCCCGCCGGCUGGGCGCUCCCCCGGCCGCCCUGCAGGCACUGGGGGGGGUUGCGGCAGCUUUGGGGCGCGGGGUGGGGAGGGGUGGGGGACCGGAGAUGGGCUUCUCUGCUCGCUGAGCUCGGGGGGGGCAAAGCCGAGCCCCCCCUAACCUGACCCGGUUCCCCCCCCUCCCCAAAUUCCGCCGCUGGCUGCUGCUCCCGGCUCGCACGUGGUUGGAUUUAGGGGGAUUUCUGCGGGUUUUUUUGGUGCUUGGUUUGGAUUCCUUUUAUUAUUAUUAUUAUUUUUAAUUUUUUUUUUUCCGCCGCUGGGGUGCCUCGGUUUUUUGUUUUUUUUUUUUUCCUCCCCCCGCUUUUCCUGGCUGUCCCCCACCUUGCAAUGGCCUCUCCGGAGAAGAUGCUGCCCGGACCGGCCGCGCUGCUCUGCUGCCUCUGCUCCCUGCUGCUCCCGGCCCACGCCAAGGGCCCAGGCCCCAGCCCCGAGCCCGCCGAGCCCGCUGGUGCCAUCCUGCUGCCCGUGAGCUACCGCCUGUCCAACACCCGCCUGGCCUUCUUCCUCAAGGAGCUGGGAGCCAGCCCGGCGGGCAACGGCAGCGCCCCUCUGCAGCGCUCCGAGCCCUUCGUCGUCUUCCAGACCAAGGAGCUGCCCGUCCUCAACGUCACCCUGGGGCCCUUCAGCACGGGGCUGGUGCUGCCCAAGGAGCACCUGCAGCCCUCCAGCACCCUGGAGGUGCCCGACCGCCUCACCGUCAACUGGAAGGUGCGCGCCUUCAUCGUCCAGCCGCGGCUGGUGGCCAGCCAGCCCGUGGUCCAAGUGCUCUUCUACGUGGCCGGCCGCGACUGGGACGACUUCGACGUGACGGAGCGGCUGCCCUGCGUGCGGCUCCACGCCUUCCGCGACGCCCGCGAGCUGAAGAGCUCGUGCCGGCUGCGGGGCAGCCUGGCCAUGUGCCUGGUGCAGGCCGAGCUGCCCCACGCCUGGUUCGGCCCCUCGGCCGUGCCGCUGGGCAGGAGGAAGACCCCCGAGGGCCUGGAGGUGGUGCCGGGGGAGAGCCAGCAGGCCGAGCUGUACUACACCCUGCACGCCCCCGAUGGAGCCGGGCAGUGCCUUGGGGACGUGGGCGCUCGCCGCGGGGCCGGCGGCGCUCGCACCGAGGGUCCCACGCAGCACCCGCUGCUGCGCAUCGGCAGCGUCAGCCUCCUGCAGCCCCCGCCCAGGCCCGCCCUGCAGGAGCACCACCUGGAUGGAAACGUCUUCAUCCGCCUGCCCGACAAGCCCCUGAAGCCCGGGGAGGUGCUGAGCAUCCUGCUCUACCUGAUGUCCAACUCCACGGUGGAGCACUUCACCCUCAGGGUGAAGGCCAAGAAAGGUGUGAACCUGCUCAGCACCAAGUCCAGGAGCGGGCAGUGGCUGGUGAGCUCGGAGCUGCUGACGGGUGGCAAACACUCCACGGCCACUGUUGAUGUGUCCAGGGUGGAGGGGGCCGGGCCCAGGGAUGGGGACUCCUCAUCUGAGAUCAUGCAGCUGGAUUUUGAGAUGGAGAACUUCACGAGCCAGUCGGUGACGCGCCGCAUCAUGUGGCACAUCGACUACCGGGGCCGCAACCCCCCGCCCGACCUGGAGAAGGUGGUCACGGAGCUGACGGUCAUCCAGAGGGACAUCAGAGCCAUCGUGCCCCUGGCCAUGGACACAGAGAUCAUCAACACGGCCAUCCUGACGGGGCGCACGGUGGCCAUUCCCGUGAAGGUGAUUGCCAUCGAGCUGAGCGGCGUCAUCGUGGAUGUCUCGGCCAUGGUGGAGUGCAAGUCCAACAACGAGGACAUCAUCAAGGUUUCCAGCAGCUGUGACUACGUCUUCGUCAGCGGGAAGGAGUCGCGGGGCUCCAUGAGCGCCCGGGUCACCUUCACCUACGAGCACCUGUCGGCCCCGCUGGAGAUGACGGUGUGGGUGCCCAAACUGCCCCUGCACAUCGAGCUCUCGGAUGCCCGGCUGAGCCAGGUCAAGGGCUGGAGGGUGCCCAUCCUGCCGGACAGGAGGUCGGUGCGGGACAGCGAGCACGAGGAGGACGAGGACGAGCGGAAGCAGAGCCGGGGCUGUGCCCUGCAGUACCAGCACUCCACGCUGCAGGUCUUCACCCAGUUCCACACCACGGCGGCCGAGGGCACGGGCCAGGUGGUCACCAUGCUGGGGCCGGACUGGCUGGUGGAGGUCACCGACCUGGUCAGCGACUUCAUGCGCGUGGACGACCCGCGGGUGGCCCACAUGGUGGACAGCUCCACGCUGGCCGGGCGGGAGCCUGGGACCACCCUCUUCAAGGUGGUGUCCCCGCUGGUGGAGGCGGUGCUGGGUGAGACGCUGGUGACGGUGGCGGAGGAGAAGGUCAGCAUCACGGACCUGAAGGCCCAGGUGGUCUCCAGCCUCUCGCUGUCCCUCCACCCCAGCCCUGGCAACAGCCACACCAUCAUCGCCCGCACGUCCGUGCAGCAAACCCUGAGCUUCUUCAAGCAGGAAGCGCUGCUGAGCCUGUGGAUUUCCUACAGCGACGGCACCACGGCCCCCCUGUCCCUGUACGACCCCAAGGACUACAACCUGGUGGUGAGCAGCCUGGACGAGAAGGUGGUGUCGGUGACCCAGGACCGGGCGUUUCCCUUGGUGGUGGCGGAGAGCGAGGGCGCGGGGGAGCUGCUGCGGGCGGAGCUGGUCAUCUGCGAGAGCUGCCAGAAGACCAAGCGCAAGAGCGUCCUCUUCACGGCCUUGGCCACCGUGCGCGUCCACUUCGGGUCCGAGGAGGACCCCACCUACGACUACGACCACGUGUCCAGCAGGCCGGGGCUGGGGGAGGCUGGGGCCAGCACCACCCUGCGGGCAGAGGUGGACAGGAAAGCGGACCCGAGCCAGGACAGCCGGAUGUCCAGCGCGUCUCACCCCACCGAGGACUUCCCCACCAUCCCCACCGGCUUCGUGCAGGUGACGCGGGGGCUGACGGACCUGGAGAUCGGGAUGUACGCCCUGCUGGGCGUCUUCUGCCUGGCCAUCUUGGUCUUCCUCAUCAACUGCAUCGUCUUUGUGCUGAAGUACCGGCACAAGCGCAUCCCGCCGGAAGGCCAGACCAACAUGGACCACUCCCACCACUGGGUCUUCCUGGGCAACGGGCAGCCCUUGCGGGCUCACAAUGACCUCUCCCCGCAGCCCGAGAGCCCGGGGAACCCGCUGGAAAACGUGCAGACGUGCUGCCACGGGGACCACCACAGCAGCGGGAGCUCUCAGACCAGUGUGCAGAGCCAGGUGCACGGGCGCGGGGACGGCUCCUCGGGGGGCUCCACGCGGGACCAGAGCGAGGACCCGCUCAACUCACCCACCUCCAAACGGAAGCGGGUGAAGUUCACCACCUUCGCCACCAUGCCCUCAGACGAGCUGGCCUACAACUCCAUCCCCAUCGCCGACGAGGAGGACUUGGAAUGGGUGUGCCAGGACAUGGGGCUGCAGGACCCCGAGGAGCUCCACAACUACAUCCGCAGGAUCAAGGAGAUCGCUUAACGCAGGGGCAGCGGGGACGGGGCGGGAGGGAGGGGCUGCCACGCUGUGCCACGCCACGCCACGCCGUGCCACGCCGCGCCACCACGCUUCCCCGGGGCCGGACACCCGCGCUCGGCUCCUUCUUCCGCACAUCUCACGUCCUCACCCCGUCCAAAGGCACCUCGGGGGGGCCUUUUUUCAGUUCUCGCCCUUUCCCCACCGGGUGUGCCAGGGGAGGCACCAGCUGGCGUGGCCCCCCAGCCACCGGGGCAGGGGGAUGAGGGGAGGGGGUCACAGCUCAGGGCGUGCGCGUGGCCCAGGCAGGAGGAGGCUGUGGGUCCUGCCGGGCAGGGGCUGGGAAGAGGGAGAGAUCCCGUUUCCCCCCGGAGCCCGGCAGGGAGGUGGAGGGUGAGGGCUCCCCCAGAGCCGCCCCCAGCCUUUGCGGCGCUCAGUUGCACAAUUUUGGAGGUGAGUGCUGGGUCACCCCGUGGUUUUUGGGGUGUUGGCCCGCGCUGGGUGGUGCUGGGGGAGGCAGGAGUGGGGGGCACAAUGGCCACGAGCCCAGGGCACUGCUGUCCCCACCACAAAUUCCCGCUGUGCCCCUCUCCCUGGCUGCUUGGCCAGUUUGGGGGUGACCAGCUGGGCCAUUUGCUGCCCACCCUGCCUGUCCCUCUGUCCCAGCCAUGGGGCCAGUGCUGUGCCCCCUCCACCCCACAGCCCUCUGGGGGCAGCCACUGGUUUGUGCCCCCUCCCAGUGCUGGAAUGUGGCUCCGGGAUGGGAAUGUGGGGCGGGGGCUUCCCAGUGCCCCCGGGACACCCUCGAUGGGACCUGGCCAGUGUGUGCCAGUGCCAGCCCAGCUCCCCCAGUGCCAGCCCAGCAGGGAUGCCCGGGGCCAGGCUCAGCCUGUCUGGUGCCUUCUGACUGCCAUAACCCGAUGCCUCCCGGUCCCCCCGUGCUGGUGGCACCUCCCAGCCCCUCUGGCUCACCCAAGGGGCCCCCCAGCCCAGGGCCACCCAUCUCCCAGCCCAGCUGGAGCAUCCCCAGCCUUGGGGGGACACCAGGGUACCCUGGGCUGUGCAAUUGUCCCCAUGGAGCAUGUGGGGACAGGGACCCCCCCAGCAUCACCCGGUGGAGGUUGGCAGUGGAUUAUUUCUGGAUCGAAAGUUACCCACCACUGUGUCUCUUUUUUUUUUUUUCUUUUUUCUUUUUUUUCUUUAAUUUUUUUUUCUUAAAUAAAAGACCAGAAAAGGAAAAAAAAUGAAACAAAAA